GGGCUGUAACUCUCCUUCUCCUUUUCCCUUCCAGCUUGCUGCAUUAGAGAGGCAAGUGUUUGAUUUCCUGGGAUACCAGUGGGCCCCUAUCCUCGCCAACUUCCUCCACAUCAUCAUUGUCAUCCUCGGCCUCUUUGGCACUAUUCAGUACAGACCUCGCUACAUCGUGGUGUAUGCCAUCUGGACUGCAAUUUGGGUUACCUGGAACAUCUUCAUCAUCUGCUUUUACUUAGAAGUGGGAGGACUCUCAAAGGACAGUGAACUCCUGACGUUUAAUAUCUCCCGGCACCAGUCAUGGUGGAGUGAAAAUGGUCCUGGCUGUGUAAGGAAGGAGGCUUCGAUGUCUGGCAUCAAGGGGCUGGAUAGCCAUUCCUACAUCUCUGUGAUCGGCUGUGCCCUGGAGUACCGGUACAUCGAGGUGAUGCACAGCUCCUUCCAGAUCCUGAUCGCGCUGGUGGGAUUUGUCUACGCCUGUUACGUUGUUAGUGUUUUUACAGAAGAAGAAGACAGCUUUGAUUUCAUUGGUGGAUUUGAUCCAUUUCCUCUCUACCAUGUCAAUGAAAAACCCACCAACCUUUUGUUCAAGCAGACAUACCUGCCUGCGUAAAUAAAGAGGAGCCAGAAGAUGGAUAAACCUUGAACUCCACCAUCAAAGGUGCUGCAGGAAACAAUCCCCUGUGGCCUGGAUCUUUGGCAGAGGAAACACAGGAUGGUGAACUCCAUUCCAUUUUUUGUUCCUUGUCUUCUUUUCAAAUCCAAUGAAUGUACAUUGAAGAACGGCCAUGCAGUUGGUUUUUAAUUCUCCAAGUGCCCUGAUGAACCAUUCCUACCACGGUCUGGUGGUAUUAGCCAAUAAAUGGCACUGGCCUGAAGACCUCAGGCAGAACAAGUUCACCAAGAGCCUCUCUCAAGAGAUACAGUUGAAGUCGGAGCUGCUUCCUUGUGCCAUGGAUCCAUAAAGACGGAAGCACUGUGUAACACCCUGGGACAUUUCAUGUGUUUUGUAGUUAGCUUCUUCCCCUUCUCCUUUCCCUUGUGCUGAAAAGAGCCUAAAACCCCUAACACAACUUCAUCUCCUUCCUGCCUGUAUAGAACUAGGUGGGGGCUAUUUACAUUUGAGUUAUUUAGGGUUUUUUUGUUUGUUCAUUUUUUUAAGUUAUAGAUGAGACCUCUUCCCUUCUUCCCC